GUAGCGGAGCGAGGGAGGCUGCGGCGGACUGCGUCCCGGGCUGGCCGGCGCGAGUCAGGUUCGCGCAGCCGCCAGCCUCGUUCCAGUUGCGCCCGCCUGCUCAGCCAAUCGGCGCCGGGGGCGGCGGACCGAUUUAGCCAGCAGAGACUGGCCGGCAGCGAAGACAGGCGCUCGUCGGCUUCGGCGAUGGCGACCGCGAUGGCAGUGACGGCGACGGAGCGGGCGGUGGUGGAGGAAGAGUUCCGCUGGCUGCUGCACUACGAGGUGCACUCUGUGCUGAGGCAACUGCAGGACAUCCUCAAGGAGGCCUCUCUCCGCUUCACUCUGCCAGGUUCGAGCACUGAGGGACCUGCCAAGCAGGAGAACUUCAUCCUGGGCAGUGGCAGCACAGAUCAGGUGAAGGGCGUGCUGACUCUGCAAGGGGACACCCUCAGCCAGGCGGACGUGAACCUGAAAAUUUCCCGGAGCAACCAGCUGCUGCACUUUGCCUUCAGGGAGGACAAGCAGUGGAAGCUGCAGCAGAUCCAGGAUGCCAGGAACCAUGUGAGCCAAGCCAUGUACCUCCUCACCAGCCGGGACGACAGCUAUCAGUUCAAAACAGGAGCCGAGGUCCUCAAGCUAAUGGAUGCUGUGAUGCUGCAGUUGACCAGAGCCCGGAACCGGCUAACCACCCCAGCCACCCUUACCCUACCUGAAAUCGCAACCAGUGGUCUCACGCGGAUGUUUGCCCCCACCCUGCCCUCGGACCUACUAGUCAACGUCUACAUCAACCUCAACAAGCUGUGCCUCACCGUGUACCAGCUGCAUGCCCUACAGCCCAAUUCCACCAAGAACUUCCGCCCGGCUGGAGGCGCCGUGCUCCACAGCCCUGGAGCCAUGUUCGAGUUGGGCUCCCAGCGCCUGGAGGUCAGCCAUGUGCACAAAGUGGAGUGUGUGAUCCCAUGGCUCAAUGAUGCCCUGGUGUACUUCACUGUGUCCCUGCAGCUCUGCCAGCAGCUCAAGGAUAAGAUCUCUGUGUUCUCCAGCUACCAGAGCUACAGACCCUUCUGAGCACACAGCAACCAGGAGCCUGUCCCCUGGAAGGCAACCUAGUCCCCCCACAGACUCCCCAAGAGUGCCAGCCAGAGCAGGCACACGGCCUGUCUUCCUCCUUUACCCCGUCUUGCAAUGCACUUGCACCAAUGGGAAUGAGCACUGGAAGCCCUGGGAGGAGCGAACUCUGCUUCAAUGUGUUUGGGAGGUCAGAAGGGCUGGGUGAGGGGGGCCCACUUUCCAAGCCCUACCCUCCUGGGCUGGGCAUCUUUGGACUCAGGGCAGGGCGGGCCCAGGGUUUGCCUUCCUCUGUCGCUUCACUGCCCUUUUGAGGGGUGAGUGCCAAGGAGGGCACUAAGCCAGGAGUGAGGAGGGAAGGGGAGAGCUGCUGCCCAGCAGGAGCCCCUUAAGAAAUAAAGACCAUUAGACUCUGCCUGGA